UCGCAGCCCCCGGGCGCCGCCCCGCCCUUCCACCAUGGCCGCCUGUGUGUGGUGUGGGCAGAAGCUGGCGCUGCGUGCCUCCCCGUAGCUCUCACUGCGGCACCUUCAUCUCGAGGGGCCGGACCCAAAGGAACUUCGCUCCCCAGCCCUCGGGUGCUAGCUAGGGGGGUCCCCUACCCUCACUUCAGGGGCAGGACGCCUUUGCCCUCCUCUCCUGAUCUAGAAGCUUAGGGUCCCCCGCUGCUUGCAGGGGCGGGGGCUCCUCCUCAAGGGCGGGGACCCCUCCUGCCCUUCCCGGCGGUGCAGGCUCUCGCCCCGGCAGGCAGGCUCAGGGGCUCCAGGCAGGACCUGCAAGGCCGCCUGCGCGGUUGCGGCCUUCUGGCGCGGAGUGAACAGGGCGCGGGGUUCUCCAGCCUUGCCCACUGGUCCCUUCUGUCGCUGGCCAACCGGGGCCUCCAGUUUCUAGGACCUGUCACCCAUCUCCUCGGCCCUCCCGCGUCUCCCGGCUGCAGCCAUGGAGCUGCAGAAGGGCAAAGGAGCAGCAGCAACAACAGCUGCUUCGGGAGCAGCGGGAGGUGGAGGAGGAGCGGGAGCAGGAGCCCCAGGAGGGGGGAGGCUGCUACUGUCCACCAGUUUGGAUGCCAAGGAUGAGUUAGAGGAGAGGCUGGAACGAUGUAUGAGUAUUGUGACCUCAAUGACUACUGGUGUCUCAGAGAGAGAGGCCAAUGAUGCCCUCAAUGCCUACGUAUGCAAAGGCCCACCCCAGCAUGAGGAGAUCUGUCUAGGACUUUUCACCCUUGUCCUCACCGAACCUGCCCAAGCUCAAAAGUGCUACCGGGACUUGGCUCUGGUGAGUCGUGAUGGCAUGAAUAUUGUCCUGAAUAAAAUCAACCAGAUACUUAUGGAGAAGUACCUGAAGUUGCAGGAUACCUGCCGUACUCAGCUGGUGUGGUUGGUGCGGGAAUUAGUGAAGAGUGGGGUUCUGGGAGCCGAUGGCGUUUGCAUGACAUUCAUGAAGCAAAUUGCUGGUGGGGAUGUUACAGCCAAAAAUAUCUGGUUGGCGGAGAGUGUUCUGGAUAUCCUGACGGAGCAAAGGGAAUGGGUAUUGAAGAGCAGCAUCCUCAUCGCCAUGGCUGUUUACACUUACCUCCGCCUCAUUGUGGACCACCAUGGGACCAGCCAGCUUCAAGCCCUGCGGCAGAAGGAAGUGGAGUUCUGCAUCUCCCUGCUGCGGGAACGGUUUAUGGAGUGUUUGAUGAUUGGCCGGGACCUUGUGAGACUGCUUCAGAAUGUUGCCAGGAUACCAGAAUUCGAGCUGCUUUGGAAAGAUAUCAUCCAUAACCCUCAAGCCUUAAGCCCCCAGUUCACAGGUAUCCUGCAGCUUCUUCAGUCAAGAACAUCCCGAAAAUUCCUAGCAUGUCGUCUCACCCCAGACAUGGAGACUAAGCUCCUCUUCAUGACGUCCCGGGUGCGGUUUGGCCAGCAGAAGCGAUAUCAGGACUGGUUCCAGCGCCAGUACCUGUCAACCCCAGACAGUCAAUCUCUGCGCUGUGACCUCAUCCGCUACAUCUGUGGGGUGGUCCACCCUUCUAAUGAGGUGCUGAGUUCAGACAUCUUGCCUCGGUGGGCCAUCAUUGGCUGGCUCCUGACGACAUGCACGUCAAAUGUCGCCGCCUCGAAUGCUAAGCUGGCUUUGUUUUAUGACUGGCUAUUCUUUAGCCCAGAGAAGGAUAGCAUCAUGAACAUAGAACCAGCCAUCUUGGUCAUGCAUCACUCCAUGAAGCCCCACCCAGCCAUCACUGCCACACUCCUGGAUUUUAUGUGUCGUAUUAUUCCUAACUUUUACCCACCAUUGGAGAGCCAUGUGCGACAGGGUGUCUUCUCCUCCCUCAACCACAUCGUGGAGAAGCGGGUCUUGGCACAUCUGGCUCCCCUAUUUGACAACCCUAAACUGGAUAAGGAGCUACGGGCAAUGCUGAGGGAGAAGUUUCCUGAGUUCUGCAGCUCACCAUCUCCACCUGUGGAAGUCAAAAUUGAGGAGCCAGUUUCCAUGGAGAUGGACAACCAUCUGUCAGACAAGGAUGAGAGUUGCUACGACAAUGCAGAAGCAGCCUUCAGUGAUGAUGAGGAAGAUCUCAACAGCAAAGGAAAGAAGAGAGAAUUCCGCUUCCACCCUAUCAAGGAGACAGUUGUAGAGGAGCCAGUCGACAUCACCCCUUACCUUGACCAGCUGGACGAGUCCCUAAGGGACAAAGUACUCCAGCUACAGAAGGGCAGUGAUACUGAGGCCCAGUGUGAGGUCAUGCAGGAAAUUGUGGACCAGGUCUUGGAGGAAGACUUUGACUCGGAGCAGCUGUCUGUCCUUGCUUCUUGCCUCCAGGAGCUCUUCAAGGCCCACUUCCGUGGAGAAGUGCUCCCCGAGGAGAUCACUGAAGAGUCCCUAGAGGAGUCUGUGGGGAAGCCUCUCUACCUAAUAUUUAGGAACCUAUGCCAGAUGCAGGAAGAUAAUAGCAGCUUCUCUCUGCUCCUGGACCUUCUCUCUGAGCUCUAUCAGAAGCAGCCAAAGAUUGGCUACCACCUGCUUUACUACCUGAGGGCCAGCAAAGCCGCCGCAGGGAAGAUGAAUCUGUAUGAGUCCUUUGCCCAGGCCACCCAGCUGGGUGACCUGCACACCUGCCUGAUGAUGGACAUGAAGGCCUGCCAGGAGGAUGAUGUACGGCUGCUGUGCCACCUAACUCCCUCCAUCUAUACAGAGUUUCCAGAUGAGACCUUGCGGAGCGGGGAGCUGCUGAACAUGAUUGUAGCAGUUAUUGACUCUGCACAGCUCCAGGAGCUGGUCUGCCACGUGAUGAUGGGGAACCUGGUCAUGUUUCGAAAAGACUCUGUCCUCAAUAUCCUCAUCCAGAGUCUGGACUGGGAGACCUUCGAGCAGUACUGUGCCUGGCAGCUCUUCCUUGCCCACAAUAUCCCCCUAGAGACCAUAAUUCCCAUUCUGCAGCAUCUGAAAUACAAGGAGCACCCAGAGGCCCUGUCAUGCCUGCUGCUUCAGCUCCGGAGAGAGAAGCCCAGUGAGGAGAUGGUGAAGAUGGUGCUGAGUCGGCCCUGCCACCCAGAGGACCAGUUCACCACCAGCAUCCUGCGGCACUGGUGCAUGAAGCAUGAUGAGCUGUUGGCUGAGCAUAUCAAGUCGCUACUCAUCAAGAAUAAUAGCCUGCCCCGCAAGAGACAGAGCCUAAGGAGCUCUAGCAGCAAGCUGGCCCAGCUGACCCUUGAGCAGAUCCUGGAACAUCUGGACAACCUGCGACUCAACCUCACCAACACCAAGCAGAACUUUUUCAGCCAGACCCCAAUUCUUCAGGCUCUGCAGCAUGUCCAGGCCAGCUGUGAUGAAGCCCACAAGAUGAAGUUCAGUGAUCUCUUCUCCCUGGCUGAGGAAUAUGAAGACUCUUCUACCAAACCACCCAAGAGCCGGCGAAAAGCUGCUCUGUCCAGCCCCCGGAGUCGAAAGAACGCCUCCCAGCCCCCCAACGCUGAGGAAGAGUCUGGCUCCAGCAGUGCCUCGGAGGAGGAAGACACAAAACCGAAGCCCACCAAGCGGAAACGGAAGGGGUCCUCUGCCGUGGGGUCUGACAGUGACUGAGGCCCAUGCCCCCCAUCCCACUCCCAGUCAGGAUGCCCUCUCCUCCUCAGUGAAUCACAAGUUGAUGGGGGCUGGGAAGUAGCAAGGGGAGUACUUUCUCUCCAGACUCCUGUUAGAGGAUCCACCAGCCCAGCCUGAGAAGCUGCUGUGCAGCCCAGCCCUCCCUUUGGGCCUCAACCCAUCAUGCUGCUGCUCCUACCAGCAGGGUGUCCACUCAGCCAGAAAUUGUGGAGGACCCCCAGUCCCUGCCCUUCCCCAGCCUCCCAGAGAGCUCUGAGCACAGGGGGUCCCUAGCUGGGGGGCUGCAACCAGUGCAGAAAGUGUACGUGCACGAUGCCACCCCAGGUCUGAAUUGCUUUGAGCAGGGGGUUUCAUAGUCUCUCCCCAUGCACCAGUGUGAAGUGUUUAAGCAGUGGUGAGGCUGCUGAGGCCUCACCAUGGAAUGGGUGCCACAAGCAUUGCAAAAGGGUGCCUGAGGGGGCUGCAGAUCCACUGCUGUGCCCUGGAGCUUGUGUUGGCCUGAGAGCCUCAGGAGGUACUAGAUACAUGUGCCACAAGACUGUCAGAGGGGCCUACUUCCUAAGUUUUGUCUUUUUUCUGACAGAGAUGAUCACAUUUUCAAAGCUGUUUUCAAUGACAAUAAAACAAACCAGAACUUC